CUUCUCUCCACCCCACACUUUCGUGCUAGCAUUCCUCCAUCUUGUUCUUCUCCUAUUUGUAAUUCUUUCAUCCAAGCCAGCAAGCCAUGGCUCACUACAUCACUACUCACGACCCCAACGGAGCCGCCAUUUUUGCCGAAGGUUCCACCGAACAACAUGCCAUACCCAUCCCAAUCGGCGAGAUCAAGAUCCUUUCCUCUAGCCACUCAUUCCCGAUGAAUCUCUCCAGCGAGGCUGAUGUCGAGCAAUAUCGUGAAGACCGCACCACCACGUUCUUUCCCGGUAGCCGUCGGAUCUGCCCCGAGGGCGGGACCGCCACAUGCAUGAUCACGAUGGAAGCCGGGGCGGAGAGUCCUAUGCACCGAACCAUGACUUCGGAUACGGUGGUACUCCUCGAAGGCGAGAUGGAGAUCACGUUGGACUCCGGGGAGACGCGGACCCUGAAAGCGGGCGAUGUGCUGGUGCAGCGAGCUACGAUGCACCGAUGGAGGAACAUCACUCCCAACAAUGGUCGUGCCCGAUGGGUGGCUUUCAUUCAGGCCUCGGCUGAGCCCCUGCAGAUUGGAGAUAAAUCCCUCGGUAGCGAAUGGGCUCAUUGAUGCUGCGUUGGGCUUACGACAAGAAUUGGAGCGGGUUGACCACGAGGAUUGAUCUUAAUAUGUAUAUAAUCAGAAAUGAUUGCACAGUCUCUUAUUGACCAGGGUCGUAAGUGCUAUUAG